UCGAUCACGGUCGGUUAUUGUCGUUUUCGUCGUCGUUGUCUCCGUAGUCCGUCCGGUUCGAUAUAAAUUUUGUCACCGCUCUCAUGCUCUGUCGUUUAGUAGGUCUUUCGGGGGAAGGAAAAUAUUCAAAAAGUUUUUACCCUGUUGCACAUAUCGCGUUAUACCUUCACUAUUGAGAAUAACAUUUCUAAUAUUUAAAUAUACAUCUUACGUGAUCGUGUGUGCCUCGAGGAGAUAAUAUAAUAUAUGUAAUAUGUGUAUAUACACAUACAUGUUGUAUAAAGUUUGAAAAUAAUAAUAGUAGGUAUACGAUCAGUGAUUUGUCGACUCGCGUGUGAUCGCAGCUAUACUUAGGAAAUAAUAUUGUUUGAUGGUGUGCUAGACGCGCUCGACUACGCGUUCCUUACCGGUAAAAGGCCGCCCUCGCGCGAUGGGGGCCGGAAAAAUGCGUAGGAAAGUCAAGCUGCUAUUGAUUUUCUUGGCGUCAUGGAUGUUUGUGGUCGUGUACUUGAUACAGUCCGGUUCAAGGGACACCAAGCCAGAAGAGAAUAGAGCGUUACGGCUGAAAAGCGAUCGAUACGCUUUAAUGUCUGUCGACGAUCCGUCGAUCGACAGGCACGUAGAUAGUUCGCCAAGUUCUCUGACCGAUGGCCAGGCAGAACUCUUUACGCCUUUUUCAACAUUAAGCAGUUAUCUGGACGAGGUUGCGUACGUGGCCGCCGGUGGUCUCAGACACGGCGACGAUGCGUAUUCGCGUAACAAAUUCAAUCAACUGGCGAGCGAUAGCCUGCGCAGCAAUCGGCCAGUGCCCGAUACUAGAAACUCAAAAUGUUUAACUAAAAAAUAUCGCAUUGAUUUACCCGAGACAAGUGUCAUCAUCACGUUUCAUAACGAAGCAAGGUCUACUCUUUUGAGAACAGUUGUCAGCGUUUUAAAUAGAAGUCCUGAGCAUUUAAUCAAAGAAAUAAUUCUUGUGGACGAUUUCAGUGACGACAGUACUGAUGGACAAGAACUAUCAAAAAUACAAAAAGUGAAACUCAUUAGAAAUGAACAAAGAGAAGGGUUAAUGAGAUCUAGAGUUCGUGGUUCAGAAAUCGCGACAGCACCCGUCCUUACAUUUUUGGAUAGUCAUGUAGAGUGUAAUGUGAAUUGGCUAGAACCACUAUUAGAUCGUGUAGCGGAAGACCCAACUAGGGUGGUGUGUCCAAUUAUCGAUGUCAUCAAUAUGGAUAACUUUCAAUACAUAGGAGCUUCAUCAGAACUUAGAGGUGGAUUUGAUUGGAAUUUAGUGUUUAAAUGGGAGUAUUUAUCAAUAGAAGUCAGGUCACAACGUCAAAAAGAUCCAACUUUACCAAUCAGAACUCCAAUGAUCGCCGGCGGUUUAUUUGUGAUGAACAAAGAUUAUUUUGUAAAACUUGGAACAUAUGACAAGGAAAUGAACAUUUGGGGUGGUGAAAAUUUAGAAAUAUCAUUUAGAGUGUGGCAAUGUGGUGGUAGCUUAGAAAUCAUCCCUUGUUCGCGCGUUGGGCAUGUGUUUCGAAAGAGACAUCCUUAUUCAUUUCCGGGAGGCAGUGGCAAUGUUUUCGCCCACAACACUCGUCGAGCUGCUGAAGUAUGGAUGGACCAGUAUAAAAGAUACUAUUACAAUGCCGUGCCAUUAUCUAGAACGGUCCCAUUUGGAAACAUAGCAGAUCGAUUGGCAUUGAAAAAAAAACUCGGAUGUAAGCCGUUUAAAUGGUAUUUAGAUAAUGUUUAUCCGGAACUUAAAGUGCCAGCGACUGUAGACGUGUUCGUGGGCAGUAUAAGACAGGGCUACAUGUGCUUAGAUACAUUAGAAAACCAAAUCGGAAAAACUGCAGGUAUCUUUCCGUGUCACGAUUACGGUGGAAAUCAGGAAUGGACAUUUACAAUUGGUGGAUCAAUUAAGCAUGGUACAAUGUGUUUAUCUCCGACAGAUUAUUCAGCCAUGAGUUUAUUAGUUAUGAAACCCUGUGACUCUUCGACUGACGAAUGGAAAUACGACGAAAACACUAAACAAUUAAGACUUAAAUUUGUUAAUCUGUGUUUGGACACGCUUGGAAUACAUGAAAUGAUAAGUAUUAAUGUGUGUGAUAAUCUUAAUUCAAAUCAGAAAUGGGAAUACUUGGUUGCAGCAGGAAUCGAGAAUAAUGUUUGAAUCCUACAAAAUGGUAAUAACAGAAUAAUAUUAGUAAUUGUUUAUUGAUUUCCAAAAUCAAAAAUAAAAACUACUUAAAUGAAAAUCCAAAGAUCAACAUUGUAAACAUUACUCAGGGAAGACAUCAAAUAAAUACAUUAUUAGGCUAUAAUGAUUUUUUAAAUUAUUAAAUUAUACAUUGUACAAUUAAAUUAUUACUAAUAUUGUACUGUGAUAAAUGUUAAAACGAAUAGCUUUGAGUUAUCUUAUUACCUAGCCACCUAAGUAUAUAAAAUUAUAUACGUUAGACGUAUAGAUACAUACAGUUAUUAUACAUAAAUACAAUAUUUUAGUCUUAAAAUCAUUUUAAAUUUAUCGAAAACCUAUAAGUAUUAGUACUUUAAUAUUAAGAUACAUUUUUAAGUAGGUG